AUUUUCCGAAUCCUACACUCCAUCCAACCCGGCUUGGGCUCUCCGCACAAGUGAUUUUGAUACCAAAUAACAGGAAGCGCUUCAGAAAAGGGGCGAAAAAAAAAAAAGAAAAAAAGAAGAAGAAGAAGAAAAGGAGUUGUGGGUUUUGGGAGUUUGAUGCUCCAUUUGUAGGUUAAGGAUCCAACGGGGAAAAUACUAUUGUUCCAAAGAGCAUGUAGUAAGGUGGUCAUUUGAGGAAGAAAAUCUUUAUUCGAAAUGGAAAUGGAAAUGGCGGAUGGGAUGGAAAAUGGGUUUAGUGGUUUAAAGUGAGAGAUAGUAAUAAUAACAUUAUUAUUAUUAUUAUUAUAAAUGAAUAAAUAAGAAGUUUAGUUUAGUUUAGUUUUGACUUUAAAAGAGAGAUUUACAUAUCUAUCCGUCUAUCUGACUAGCAUCAUCAGCUGGGGAUCGGAUCGGAAUGAAAGAGCUGGGCUUUCUCAUUGUUUAUGCAGCUGCCUUCUAUGCCUUCAUCAUUCAUCGUUCUCUGCUACUCUCUCGCGAUCACCACUCCAAACUCUUUGGUCUGCGUCCUGGUUGGCUCUUACCAAAUUCCCUCAAUGAUGUCUCUGAUGCCCAAUGGAGAAACUUUCGGGGAAAUUUACCUCUACUUUCUGUUGUUUUGGCCAUUUUUGCUUUCGUCGCCAAUAUGUCGAGGGCAUAUUUCCAUUUUAAAGCAAGAGGGAUGUCUGUUAUUUGGCUUUUAAUUUCCUUGAUAUAUCUAUCGUAUCUGCAUGGUGCAUGCAUCAUUUUCAUCCUCACAAUAGCUUCAAUAAAUUUUCUUCUAGUAAAGAUAGUCGCGCGAACAAAGUACUUCUCAUUUGUAUUUUGGAUUUUCAACAUAUUUUUUCUCCUGUGCAAUCGUAUUUAUGAAGGAUAUUCAUUCUCUGUAUUUGGGCAACAUUGGGCAUAUUUGGACAACUUUCGGGGAACCUUUCGGUGGCAUAUAUGCUUUAAUUUUGUUGCUUUGCGCAUGAUCAGCUUCGGUUAUGAUUACCAUUGGGCAAAUCAAGCUUCUCGAUUUGAUUAUGAGAAACAUACUCAACGUUGCCAUAUUUGUAAAUCGGGAAAAACUUGUUACCAGGUUUUACAGGAAAGAAGUGUCCCAAACGACAAGUUUUCCUUUAGUGUAUACCUUUCUUAUUUAGUCUAUGCACCUAUUUACGUUACUGGUCCAAUUUUAAGCUUCAAUGCUUUUGCUUCACAGCUUAAUGUGCCUCAGAACAAUUUCUCACCUACCGAUGUGGCUUGGUAUGGUGUACGUUGGAUUUUCAAUUUUGUCCUUAUGGAACUAAUAACACAUCUAUUUUAUUACAAUGCUUUCGCGAUCAGUGGUAUGUGGAAACAUUUAUCUCCUAUGGAUGUGUUCAUUAUUGGAUAUGGGGUCUUAAACUUCAUGUGGCUAAAGUUUUUUUUGAUAUGGCGGUAUUUUCGGCUCUGGUCACUGAUUUGUGGCAUUGAGGUCCCCGAGAACAUGCCAAGGUGCAUAAAUAAUUGCUAUAACUUGGAAAGCUUUUGGAAAAACUGGCAUGCUUCCUACAACAAAUGGCUUGUCAGGUAUAUGUACAUUCCUCUUGGGGGAUCACAAAGGAAGCUACUCAAUAUAUGGGUUAUAUUCACAUUUGUUGCCAUAUGGCAUGAUUUGGAGUGGAAGCUUCUUUCAUGGGCAUGGUUGACAUGUUUGUUCUUUGUUCCGGAAAUGGUAUUUAAAGCAACAGCAAAUUCAUUUCAGGCCAAGAGUGCUUUUGGCCAUUUUGUCCUUCGUGAACUGAAUGCCGUUGCUGGUGCUGUUACGAUCACAUGUCUCAUGGUUGCAAACCUUGUUGGUUUUGUCAUUGGACCAUCAGGAAUUAACUGGUUGGUUUCUCGAUUCCUUAGAAAAGAUGGACUACCUGUUCUGGCGGGAAUGUUUGUGACUUUUUAUGUAGGAACAAAGCUUAUGUUCCACAUCCAUGAAUUCAAGCAAGGUAGGCACUGAACUCGUUGGCCUGUGAAGUUCAUUACUUGCUCCACAUUGCUAAUUGCUGAUCUGCCAAAAAUUAUUGGUCUCGACGAGUUGUGGGUUUGUGCUGAAGGACCUUAAUUCAACCAAGGAGAUUUCCUGGGCAAUUUUAUUUCCUUGUUAUGUCAUCUUAGCUGUAGAGUUUUGAACGCACACACACAGAGGAGGGGAGUGCUCGCUUUAUUUGAAAAAAAAAACAGGCAUUUUUGUGUGGGCUAUAGAGUAAAGCGCCCACCUAAACAGAAGCUGUCAAAAAAGCGAGUUGGAUUGGAUUAAUUGAUCUGUGUUUUAUUUCGCUUAAGUCACAAAAUUUAGCUAAUAUCUGUGGUGAAAUUUAAUUGAUUCA